GCCAGCUCAACCGUGGGAUCCUAUGGAUGUAAUGUUCAUGUUUGCGCUCUGCCAUGUCACGCGCACAUGAAAGCCAGUCGCUGGUGGGACGUGUUCCUGCCCAAGGCUGGAAAGCGAGCCUAUCAGCGACAGAAGGAUGCGCCAUAGCAAACAAGAAGGCGGGCUUCUCAAUUUAGGUGACGAUCCGUCUCUUGAGGGCACAGUAGCGUCUUUCACCGCGAGUUUGGUCAUUUGAUGGGUUGACCUGCCACUUUGCAGUACUUAUCUUUUUUACACCAGGGAUAUGCUGGUUUCUGCCUUCGCUCAACAGCAAUACUGGUCAGAUACUAUGAAACUGCUAUACAAUGAACACUCGGAGCUCAGGGGCCAUACACCAUGACGGAGACUGGUCAAAACAACCGACAUCUGCCACUUUGACAGCUGACGAAACCUUGGUGGUACAAGCGACUCGAGAUGUUCUUGAUCACAGUACGCAUACUUCGUGGACUCGUAUCAUGCUCGAACCAGUGUCUCGACUUCCAAUCUCUGUGAUAGACUGGGUUUUAUGUUCUUCAAAAACUCGCAGACCCACAAACCAUCGGCGAUGGUCGUCACUCUGGCUCACGACUGUGCUCCGACUCAGCAUUGUACUUGUGCCUCUACAGCUCCUUAUGCUGACACGAGAAUUACACAAUUUCUCAACUGAUCUUGAUGAGCAACCUUCCAAAUUUUCGUCGCGAAGUCUCCGAUAUGCCAGGAACGAGUUGGACCAGAAACGCAAGAAGACAAAUACGACUGCCGAGACUAAGAUGACAUCUUCCGGCGUGAAGGACCUUUUUGAAGCCACCAGACUCGUUCUACCUCGGCGUCUUGUCAUGUACGCCGAUAAGAGCUGGAUAUUGGCCAAGGACCCUCCGCCAACUACUGAAUAUGUCUUCAUCAGCUGGCACUGGGCGUCUUUCAAGUACGACAGAAACAAGCCCAGGAGAGAGGCAUUGGCGUCAAUCAAAAAGAUGGCCCGGCAUGCAACUCUAGAAGCUGGACUCAAAGCAUAUUGGCUGGAUGUCCAAUGUGUAGCAGAUGAGAUCUUAGGAGAAAGUCCUUCGAGCGAUGUCUACGGCAUGGCUGAUAUCGUGCGCAAUGCUCAUCAUGUCGCGAUUAUGCUUCCGAGCGAGCACUCCUUCCACAAACGAGAAUGGGCCCGACGGCUGUGGACAUUGCCAGAAGGUAUGCUCGCUAAGGGUAGGCUGCGUAUCUGGACGACCAUGGAGACUGGAUUCACGAGGACUGAUCUCGAUCGUAUUGAGAUGACAUACGAAUUCUGGCGGCCAUUCGAAAAUGAUGAGCGCCAUUAUCCGGCUCGUAUCUUGGCCGAAUACUUCGAAAACCACAUCGAGCUGAGCCACAUUGAGAUGGUCAUUGCAGCGAUCGCCGCUCUCAGCAGGCAGGAUUCUUCCAACUUCACCCAAGCUGAUAUUGCAUACGCUCUGAUGGGACUAUUGCGUCGCAAAAUCACUGUCAAUGCAGAAGACACCUUGUUCCAAGCCAUGGCAAAGCUGCUGUCACUAACUGGUGAGAAUGAGUACGUACUAGAGCGCAUGCUGUCGAGCUAUUCAUAUCCUGCGAAAGACGACAAAACCGCAUUCCGAGGUCUUCUCAGCAAAGAUCAAUUCGGUACACAUCUUUGGGAUGUCAGACCACUUGGCGAGAUAGUGGGCGUCGACGAUCUCGAUGGCGUGAUCUACCUCAACGACUGUCGCACACUACCGAUUCUCCAUCAAAGACUACCUGAUCAGACCCGUGCAAGGUUCAAUGAGCUUCGCCCAAUUCUCUUUCCAGCUUUGCUGCUUCUUGAUCUUCUUCUUUUCGGCCUGGUAUGGGUUUACAGUGGCUGGCGAGCGAACACAGUGUACACCCUUCUUGCUGGCACAUCGACCCUGAUAGCCACCUCUGCCCCAGAACCGGUAGAGAAGAGAGUUCCAGAAGAAGGUUUGGUGCUGAUUGAAGGUACACUGCCAUUGCCGCAGCUGGAGAAGUUGAUCUUCGGGAUCUCCAACGAUAGUUUGACCUACGCGGUAUCAUCCUCACCUUUGGCCACUCAAUACCACGAAGCCGAUCCGACUUGGCUUGAAUCUUUCAAUAUCAGGCGAUGGACGAAAGAGCUGUAUGUCGCUCGUGCAUUCGGCAGUGAUCCGGAGUGGAUCUCGCCUACCGAACCAGGCCAUGGUCCCGCGUCACCUGUAUCACCGAUAUCACCACUUCUACGACGCACGUCAAUGCCAUCGAACUCAGUCGAUGAAGCAUAUCACCCGCCUUUGUGCCCAGGACACACGCUGUUUACGUUGAUAUGCAUGGCAACCAAAGAAGUUUCACUGGUCCAAGCUCGAAGACCUCCGAACACUUUAUUAAUGACCGGCACAGAAGGGGGUAUGCUGCGAGCGGUUCUAUGUAGUUCGAUGUUCGAUCAAGACGGACGUGAGGUACUUCAAAAAGAGGCUGUAGUGAGACUCAGACCAGAGAUGUGGGAUCUGGGUACAUCGCGUUCAUGGCUUAGAGUCAAAAUGAUGAAUUGUUAGAUAGUUUGAAUCGAAUGUCGAGUCGCAUCGGAAA